AUGGCACCGAAUAAACCAAGGACUCGCCGGACUAGAGUGGUGUCCAACCGGAGCUAUGAGCUCCGGCCGUCAAGUUGUAUGGCGGGAAGGAGACCCUCCCACUUCUUCAAGAUCAUACUCCCCUCUACCAUUCACGACAAGAAACUGAGGAUCCCUGAAAAGUUUGUAAGGGAAUUUGGGGAUGAACUAUCUGAUGUUGCUACACUCACCGUUCCCAAUGAUCAUAUUUGGCAAGUGGGAUUGGAGAAAGCCAACAAGGAGAUUUGGUUUCAUGAUGGUUGGCAGGAUUUUAUGGAAUCCCAUUCUAUUCAUUACGGCUACCUUUUAGUCUUCAGGUAUGAAGGAAAUUCAAAAUUCCAUGUUCUUGUAUUUGAUAAUACUGCAACUGAGAUUGAGUAUCCACGGAGCAAGGAUUGUAAAUUGGAAGAUGAGGUGGACGUGGUGGAAUUAUCAGAUGAUGCAAAAAAAUCAAGGCAUGACAAGUUGAAAGAAAAUGAAAUGUCUGAAACAGUAGAUAGAGGAAGAUACGUUAGGGAAAGAUUUUCUCCAACUGCAGAAGGAAGACUAAAGAUGUCCAGCAGAAGAGAGAGAGCGAUCCAAGCAGCCAGAAAGUUGAAGCCUAAAAGACCUUCGUUCAUGGCAAUCUUGCGCCCACAUCAUAUGCGUCAACGAACUUUGUAUGUGCCUGCUGGAUUUGCUAAAAUGUAUCUUACUGGGCAUCGGCUUGUCAAACUUCAGACUUGUGACGGAAAACAAUGGCAUGCCCGGUGCUCCGACCGUGGCAUUGGUAGUUCAUUUUGGGCAAAGAGCAUAGGGUGGGCUCAGUUUUGCAGAGACAAUAACUUACAAGUAGGAGAUGUGUGUGUCUUUGAGCUCCUCAAGAGGAAGCCUGUUGUGCUUAAGGUCUCAAUUAGGGAAUCGGAGCUGGUCGUGAGGGAGCAGAGUAGCUUCGAGGCAUUUCCACCGCUGUAUCAUUUAACCAUCGCGAUAAGAGUUUUUUUUUUUUUAACUAUGGCACCGAAUAAAUCAAGGACUCGCCGGACAAGAGUGCCGCCCAACCGGAGCUAUGAGCGCCGGCCGUCAAGUUGUAUGGCGGGUAGGAGACCCUCGCACUUCUUCAAGAUUAUACUCCCCUCUACCAUUCACGACAAGAAACUGAGGAUCCCUGAAAAGUUUGUGAGGGAAUUUGGACAUGAACUGUCUGGUGUUGCUACACUCACUGUUCCCUAUGAUCAUAUUUGGCAAGUGGGAUUGGAGAAAGGCAACAAGGAGAUUUGGUUUCAUGAUGGUUGGCAGGAUUUUAUGGAAUCUCAUUGCAUUCAUUACGGCUACUUUUUAGUCUUCAGAUAUGAAGGAAAUUCAAAAUUCCAUGUUCUUGUAUUUGAUAAUACUGCAACUGAGAUUCAGUAUACAUGGAGCAAGAACUGUAAAUUGGAAGAUGAGGUGGACAUAAUGGAAUUAGAUGAUGUAAAAAAAACAACGCAUGAUCACAAGUUGAAAGAAAAUGAAAUGUCCGAUGAAGAAGAUAGAGGAACGUAUGUUAGGGAGAGAUUUUCUGGGAGAUCUUCAAAAGGGAGACUCAUGAUGUCCAGGAGAACAGAGGGAGCGAUACAGGCAGCCAGAAUGUUGAAGCCUAAAAGACCUUCGUUCAUGGGCAUCUUGCGCCCAUAUCAUGCACGUGGACACCGUUGUAAUUUGUAUGUGCCUUCUGGAUUUGCUAAAAAGUAUGUUAUUGGGCAUCAAUUUGUGGAACUUAAGAACUGUGAUGGAAAACAAUGGCGUGUCCGGUGCGGUGACCAUCGUGGUAAUUCAAGUUCAGCAAAGAAUAUAGGGUGGGCUCCGUUUUGCAGAGACAAUAACUUAGAAGAAGGAGAUGUGUGUGUCUUUGAGCUGCUCAAGAGGAAGCCUGUUGUGCUUAACGUCUCAAUAUUUCACUCGGCUGACUAUGUCAGUGGUGUUUGUCCACUGGUAUCAAUGGCUUGUAAACAUGGUUCCUGAUGCUAAAACUUUUUCUCUAACCUUGUCCAUACUACUACUUUAAUUAAUAUGUAUCCGUUAUUAUUUAACAUAGAUUUGUUGUCUUUUUUUAUCUUA